UACGCUCGUGUUUCGCAAAAAUAUCAGUCUCUAAAAAGACGACAAUACCCACAUAAUUAAACCUUCCAUCAAUAAAAGAUAUACCGCUUACGAGGGUGGCGGUGAAAAAUGAGACGACCCAAGAUAAGGGGUUUAGCUGCCGCUGCAAAACCCUUGGAAUGACUGUUUUUGGUUACUUUAGCUUCCAGUUUUCAGUUUGUUGAUGGCAAUCUCCACUUCAUUUACUUCUCUUAAUUUCAUCUCUUCUGCAUAUUUGUUAUCUUUCAAUCGUAUCAAGACUCAUAAACCACGCUUGACGAUGAAUGGCUUCGACGGACGGUUGGUCAUUAACUGCUCUACGUCCUCGUCUUCUGCUUCCUCCGAGAUGGGUUCUCCUUUUGACCCUGCGAACCGCAGGCAUUCUCAAAUUUCUUCUAUGGCUCCCUUUGGAAUGACAAUGAAUGAAGCUGCGGUGCCUAAACACUCAUAUAAAUGGCAAAGGAUAUUGCUUAAAGUAAGUGGAGAAGCACUUGCCGGAGAUCACACUCAAAAUAUUGACCCGAAGAUCACAAUGUCCAUUGCAAGAGAGGUUGCGUCAGUGACUCGCCUUGGCAUUGAGGUUGCAAUAGUCGUCGGUGGGGGAAAUAUCUUCCGUGGAUCCUCCUGGACAGGAAAUAGUGUCCUGGACCGCUCAUCUGCUGAUUACAUAGGGAUGUUGGCAACAGUAAUGAAUGCUAUUUUCCUUCAAGCAACAAUGGAGAGCAUUGGCAUUCCCACUAGGGUCCAAACUGCAUUUCGCAUGUCAGAGGUUGCAGAGCCAUAUAUACGUCGAAGGGCUGUGAGACAUUUGGAGAAAGGAAGAGUGGUGAUUUUUGCAGCUGGAACUGGAAAUCCAUUCUUUACCACCGAUACUGCUGCUGCCCUUCGUUGCGCAGAAAUUAAUGCAGAGGUGGUCCUGAAAGCUACAAAUGUUGAUGGGGUUUAUGAUGAUGAUCCCAGGCAUAACCCAAAUGCUCGUCUUCUUGAUACUCUAACAUAUCAGGAUGUAACUUCAAAAGAUCUUUCUGUAAUGGACAUGACUGCAAUUACUUUGUGCCAAGAAAAUAACAUUCCCAUUGUUGUUUUCAAUCUUAACAAGCCUGGCAAUAUCUCAAAAGCAAUAAAGGGAGAGAGGGUUGGCACAUUGAUUGGAGGACCAUGGACUUCUGCACCAGCAAGGACCUGAGUAAGGCAAUUACAAUUUACAACUGCUCUCUCCUUUUUAGGCUUUCUUUUAGUAGUAAGGUGAAUUGAGAAGCACAAUGGAGUCUGCCUUCACAGUUCAGAGAGAGAGAGAGAGCAUUAUUUCUGCAUUAUAUUUUUCAACAUUCAGAGUUAUUAGUUGCAGUGCUUAUUCGGUUAUUCCUGUUAAUUCUGUAGAAAUGUAAAAUACUAUUUGCUUUAUCAGCCUAAAGCUGAAUCCCUUGUGAAUUUGAACAGUAACUGGAGUUUUG